GCGUUCCAUAGGUGAAACUCUAAACGUGGCGCCAUCUCUGUGGAACCUCUCAGAGACUCCAGCGAGUCCAGGUUACUGGCAGUGCAACGUCACGUGGAAUGGGCGUGUCUGCCUAAUCCUCCCUUCAGUCAGGCGGGUGCGUGUGAGUCCUGUGCUGGCUGCGAGAGCGCGCACCGCGGAAGGAGCUGGCGGCUGGGGCAGGAUAAGCUGUGGGGGAGUCGCAGCCAAACUGAACCGUCUCCUUCUCAGUGGGGGCCGUGCGGCGGAGAACGCGCUAAACAUCGCGCGCAGAUGGAGUACCUAAGGGCCUGCGGGCUGUGUCGCUGGCUCUUGCAGCAGCUGGGGUUUGACCCACCCAAUCACAGUGACACCAGAACAAUCUACAUUGCAAAUAAAUACCCUCAACAUGACCAUUAUGUUCCACCAAAGUUUGCAGACAACAGAAUUAUUUCAUCAAAGUAUACAGUGCUGAAUUUCAUCCCUAAAAAUUUAUUUGAACAGUUCAGAAGAAUAGCAAAUUUCUAUUUCCUAAUUAUUUUUCUUGUUCAGCUUAUGAUAGAUACUCCCACAAGCCCUAUAACAAGUGGUCUUCCAUUGUUUUUUGUAAUAACAGUAACUGCAAUUAAACAGGGCUAUGAAGACUGGCUGCGACACAAAGCAGACAAUGAAGUUAAUGGAGCUCCAGUUUAUGUUGUACGAAGUGGACACCUUGUCAAGACUAGAUCAAAAAACAUCAGGGUAGGAGAUAUUGUUAGAGUAGCCAAAGAUGAGACAUUCCCAGCUGAUCUUGUUCUGCUGUCAUCAGACAGUGCCAAUGGUUCAUGUCACAUUACUACUGCAAGUCUGGAUGGAGAGACCAGUCAUAAGACCCAUUUUGCAGUUCCAGAAACAGCAGUUUUACAGUCAGUUGCAGAUCUGCACACAUUAUCAGCAAUCAUAGAAUGUCAACAGCCAGAAGCAGAUCUAUACAGGUUUGUUGGAAGAAUAACUAUAAAUCAGCAUUCAGAAGAUAUUGUGAGAUCUCUUGGGCCAGAAAACCUCCUCCUUCGUGGAGCACGAUUAAAAAACACAAAGGAAAUUUUUGGUGUUGCAAUAUACACAGGGAUGGAAGCAAAAAUGGCUUUAAAUUACAAAAGCAAAUCUCAAAAACGAUCAGCAGUUGAAAAGUCAAUGAAUUCUUUCCUGCUUGUGUACUUGAUUAUUCUCCUCUUUGAAGCUAUUCUAAGUACAAUAUUAAAGUAUGCCUGGCAAGCUGAAGAAAAGUGGGAUGAGCCAUGGUACAACCAAAAAACAGAGCAUGACAGAAAUAGUAGCAAGAUCUUGAAAUUUAUUUCGGAUUUCCUCGCGUUCCUGGUGCUUUACAAUUUUAUUAUACCUAUUUCACUUUAUGUGACUGUGGAGAUGCAGAAGUUCCUUGGAUCAUUUUUUAUUGGCUGGGACCUUGACCUUUAUCAUGAAGAAAGCAACCAAAGAGCACAAGUCAAUACUUCUGAUCUUAAUGAAGAAUUGGGACAGGUAGAAUAUGUGUUCACAGACAAAACCGGUACACUUACAGAAAAUGAGAUGCAGUUUCGAGAAUGUUCCGUAAAUGGUAUUAAAUACAAGGAGAUUAAUAACAAACUUGUACCCGAAGGCGUGACUAUGGAUUUCCCAGAUGCACCCACCACAAGCUUAAGUAUGGAAGAAGAACUCUUUUUAAAAGCAGUGUCUUUGUGUCACACGGUUCAAAUCAGUUAUGACCAAAUAGAUGGCUGUGUAGAUGGAGUCCGCUUUUCAAAUGGAAUGUCUAAUCAGUUGGAAUACUAUGCCUCCUCGCCAGAUGAAAAGGCUCUGGUUGAAGCAUCCAGAAGAAUAGGAGUUGCUUUUAAUGGCAUAAAUGGAGAAAUUAUGGAAAUCAAAUGUCUCGGAAAACUUGAAAGGUACAAACUUCUUCAUGUAUUGGAGUUUGAUGCAAAUCGUCGUCAGAUGAGCGUAAUAGUAGAGAGUCCAUCUGGAGAAAAGAUACUUUUCACAAAAGGAGCAGAGUCUUCUGUCCUUUGCAAUGCAAAACUUGGAGAAAUUGACAGAACUAGGAUUCAUGUGGACGAAUUUGCUUCAAAAGGACUAAGGAUAUUGUGCAUUGCCUAUAAGAAGUUUAGCCCAGAAGAAUACAAUGAAAUUGAUCAGCGACUGCAUGAAGCCAGGACUGCCUUGCAGCAAAGAGAAGAACGCUUAGCUGAUGUUUUCAAUUUUAUCGAAAGAGACUUGGUGUUGUUGGGGGCAACUGGUGUUGAAGACAAGCUUCAAGAUAAGGUCCAGGAAACUAUAGAGGCUCUAAGAGUUGCAGGAAUAAAAGUAUGGGUACUCACUGGAGACAAGCACGAGACUGCUGUGAGUGUCAGCUUAUCUUGUGGACAUUUCCACAGAAAUAUGAAUAUCCUGGAACUUGUGCAACAGAAAACAGAUAGAGAAUGUGCAGAACAGCUGAGACAGCUUGCAAGAAGGUUGACAGAUGACCAUGUUAUACAGCACGGGCUGGUUGUUGAUGGAGCCAGCCUUUCUCUUGCACUCAGGGAACAUGAAAAGCUGUUCAUGGAUGUCUGUAGAAAUUGUUCUGCAGUUCUGUGCUGUCGGAUGGCUCCUUUACAGAAAGCAAAGGUAGUUAGACUACUAAAAACAUCUCCAGAGAAGCCUAUAACCCUAGCUGUUGGAGAUGGGGCAAAUGAUGUCAGCAUGAUACAGGAAGCUCAUGUUGGUAUAGGAAUAAUGGGAAAGGAAGGCAGGCAAGCUGUACGGAACAGUGAUUAUGCAAUUGCAAGAUUUAAAUUCCUCUCAAAAUUGCUUCUGGUGCAUGGACACUACUACUAUAUUAGAAUAGCUACCCUUGUACAGUACUUUUUUUAUAAGAAUGUGUGUUUUAUUACACCUCAGUUUUUGUAUCAGUUCUAUUGUUUAUUCUCACAGCAAACACUGUAUGACAGUGUAUACCUGACUUUGUACAAUAUUUGUUUCACCUCCUUACCUAUUCUAAUGUACAGUCUGUUUGAGCAACAUGUGCAUCCACAUGUUUUACAAUCAAAACCUGGUCUCUAUCGAGACAUCCGUAAAAAUGCCCUUCUUGGUUUUAAACCAUUUCUUUACUGGACCCUUUUGGGCUUUGCGCAUGCCUUUGUGUUCUUUUUUGGGUCAUACUUUCUAAUGGGGGAGGACACAUCCCUACUUGGAAAUGGCCAGAUUUUGAAACCUAACAGGCAACUGAUGUUUGGGAACUGGACUUUUGGGACGCUGGUAUUUACCGUAAUGGUCAUUACCGUUACCAUGAAGAUGGCGCUUGAAACUCAUUUCUGGACAUGGAUAAAUCACUUUGUUACUUGGGGUUCCAUUGCAUUUUAUUUUAUAUUUUCUCUCUUUUAUGGUGGAAUCAUCUGGCCGUUCUUGCACACCCAGGACAUGUACUUUGUGUUUGUGCAGCUGCUGUCCAGUGGUUCUGCUUGGUUUGCUAUAAUCAUCAUCAUCAUAUUCUGCCUCUUUUUUGACGUCAUGAAGAAGGUGGCAUACCGACACCUGUAUCCAACAUGCACAGAAAAGGCUCAGAUGUUUGCCAGCAGAAUUACUUUAAGUGACGAGUACAUCGCCCUGCAACCUCUGUCACGGGCAAGGAAUCAGCUGAGCAAAAUUAGCUUGCUGAGACAGGAUCAGGUAUCAACUGCUUGGACUCCAUGUGCUGCUACACAAGUUGCGAGGCAGCGUGCUCGCCUGUUAGAAGACUGCUGGAACGAUUGAUGGGACGAUGCAGCCCGCCCCGGGUCAACAGGUGUGGAACCUCUCUAAAUAGCCUUUGCUGCCAACGAUUCACCUAUAAACUGGAAAAUGACGAGCCUGCAGCUAUAGAUGAAUAGGAAACCAAAUAUCCCGUGGUUUGGUAUAGUGCAUAUUCCAAUGCCUUGCCAGUAGAGAGUUGAAACAGAAUUUAUACGUUUUGGGGAACUUUUUAAAUCGUAUUUUAUUUUCAGUGUUCUCUACAGUUUCUGUAUAUAAAGCAUUUGUGUGUGUGUGUCUCUUUUAACUGUAUGUUAACUUUCUUUGCUUGCAUUUGUCUACGUAGUUCUGGGCAUUGUAAUAUCGGUGUCUGGUUGAUUUCAUGGACUUUUAAUUGAUCUGUUUGGGCUACGGUUCUUACACAGAUAUACAAAAGGUUUUACCUGACAUUCGGUCCCGUUUCAUUUCCAUAAAUGUACUGCCAAGAAAAGCAUGGCUGCCUUAAGGUUCAGUUCUUACGCUGCAGUAAAUAGGAACUAAGAGGCUUGUAGGUACAAGUUAUACCCAAGAAAGUCUGCCCUUUGCAUAAUACUCAUGUCAAGUAUAAGACACGCUCCCUUCUUUCUUUAGCUAAUGACACACAAGUAAACACACUCAGGCCAUUUUCUCAUGUCAUUAAUCUGAUAUAAGAGCUAUAUAGCCACUUGCCAUGUUAUUUAAUGCUUACAAGUCCUCUUAAAAAGACCAAAUGCAGUCAGUACAAUUAUUUUUGGGUAUACUUUACCUUUAAGACACGGGCACAUCCUAUUGGUUAUGCUCCUUUGUGUGUCUCUAUAUCCAUUUUAUACAAAAGUGACCCUUUAGUAUAAAACCUUUUGUGCAUCACCCUCUUCUGUUUAAUCAAUCUCCUUCAUUUCACCAGCCUGGGCUUGUCUAAAGCGUUGAUAUCUGCUAACGAACUGGAAAAUGUGAUAUUCACAUUACAUCUUCAAAUGAUCUAUUCCUUAAUUGGGACGAUUUGUUUAUUCCAUCAAGUUGCUCCGAUUCAAUUCAUCAGUUUUGUUUUUUUUUUAUUAAACGUUACACGUUAAUGACGUCCUAUACAACGUUUGCCAUCCCUGUCCCAGUCGCUUAUACGUUGGCUUUGUCCAUCCCUUUUUUAUGUUAGUGUCCCGUUCCAAGGAGCAAUAUGCAACUGUCGGUUUUAUAUUUAGAGCAAAUGCUACAAAAAACAAACAAAAAAAUGCAUAUUUUUGGAAGUUAUUGUUUGUGUGGAACAAAGCAUUAAUGAGUAAAUAUUUAUAUAUAGCAUAUGUUAUGUCUUUUUUUAGUACGGAUUCUUAUCAGAUAUCUUCAUUUUCAUAAAUAAAGGCAUCCUUUCCAAAAUCA